AUGUUACAGACAUACGUGGCUGUUAUAGAGCAUAGCUAUGGAAUUAUAUUGUUCGAGAAGAAGAAUAUUGAAAAAGCUCUAAAAAAUGGAAUUGAGAAAUUCCCAGAUAGCUUGAUGUUGAAGGAGUGGUAUGAAAUAAAAAAUGAAUUAUUCAAGAAAGAGAAAAAGGCAGAUAAUGGAGGAGUGAAUAGUAAUGAAGCUGGUUUUGAGGGUGAUAAUAAUGAAGGAGAUGCAUAUGGUGGUAAUGAAGAAGGAUUCUCUCUAGUUAGAGGAUUGGUAGUUUAUGGGGAUAUGCAUGAUUACGGUGGAGGUUUCAGUACACCUAAUGUGGAAAAGGCACCAGAAAUACUGGAUGCAUCAUUAUCAGUUGAUAGAACUCAAAGAAUGUUUGAUUCGAUGUUGGAACUACACCUGAAAAGUCUACCAAAACAGGAAAAGCUUAAGGAUAUUGGACUGGUUUUCUUCCCAGUAGUUGAUAAGAGCAAAUAUUAUCUGAUAUGCUUUGAUCUAAGGGUUCCAAUAUACUACAUCAUUGAUCAUGUGAUCAAAAUUGAUUCUGUUGAGGACAUCUAUGGAGGAAAACCCGUUCAUGUGGUAUGA